AUGACAUUGGGCAGGUUUGCGAUGGACAAAACACCAGAGGUUUUAACAUUUCAACCAGCUGGAACUAUCUCCAUUAACACUUCUGCUGCCACCACUGAAGUCCUCUCUGUGUUCUCCCAGCGUGAACAUAAUAUUGUUGCUGCUUAUCUUAUUACAGCAGGUAUAGUGAGCAUUUUAAGCAACAUUGUAGUAUUGGCAAUCUUCGUUAAAUACAAGGAGCUUCGUACAGCGACUAAUGCCAUCAUCAUCAAUCUGGCAUUCACAGAUAUAGGUGUCAGUGGAAUUGGUUAUCCCAUGUCUGCUGCCUCUGACUUACAUGGAAGUUGGAAAUUUGGAAAUGUAGGCUGCCAGAUCUAUGCUGGCCUCAACAUUUUCUUUGGCAUGGCAAGUAUUGGCCUUCUGACUGUGGUUGCCAUCGAUCGCUACCUGACAAUCUGCCGCCCUAACAUAGGAAGAAGAAUAACAAGCUUUCACUAUGCAGCCAUGAUUCUGGCGGCUUGGAUAAAUGCCAUCUUCUGGUCUGUAAUGCCCAUUGUGGGAUGGUCAAGUUACGCCCCAGACCCAACUGGAGCUACAUGUACAAUUAACUGGAGGAAAAAUGAUGCAUUAUUUAUAUCCUACACAAUGACUGUAGUUGUGGUAAAUUUUAUUGUGCCACUGCUGGUGAUGUUUUACUGUUACUACAAUGUGUCCCGCACAAUGAAGGGAUAUGACAGCCGAAACAGCCUUGGAGGUGGCAAUUUGGACUGGUCCGAUCAGGCUGAUGUUACAAAGAUGUCUGUAGUGAUGAUUCUGAUGUUUCUGGUAGCCUGGUCCCCAUAUUCUAUUGUCUGCCUGUGGUCAUCGUUUGGGGAUCCUAAACACAUUUCACCAGCAAUGGCUAUCAUAGCUCCGCUCUUUGCCAAGUCUUCAACUUUCUACAAUCCUUGCAUAUAUGUAAUUGCAAAUAAAAAGUUCAGGAGAGCAAUCAUGUCUAUGGUUCGGUGCAAGUCACGUCAAGAGGUGACUCUAGACAACCACUUUCCGAUGAGCAUCUCCCAAAGCACGUUGACAACAUAA